AUGGAAGACGACGAGUAUCAAUUCGAGACUGGAGAUGCAGGUUCAGGAGGUAUUGAAAAGGUUUCAGCUGGUUCCCUCAAGAAGGGAGAUUUGGUUAUGAUCAAGGGUCACCCCUGCAAGGUCGUUUCCUUCUCUACUGCCAAAACCGGAAAGCAUGGAUCAGCCAAGGCUAUGGUUACCGGCAUUGAUAUCUUCAGUUCAAACAAAUACGAGUGCACUUUCUCAACUGGUGAUAACGUUGACGCCCCACUCAUGAAGAGACAAGAAUUCACUCUUAUCAACAUUGAAGAUGACGGAUACGUCUCCCUCAUGAACGAUGCUGGUGAUGUCAAGGAAGAUCUCAAGCUCCCAGAGGACGAGUGGCUCAAGGAUGUCGCUGACAAGAUUAGAGAAAUCUUCACUGAAGGAAAGAAAGAAUGCCUUGUCGCCGUUGUCUCAGCCAUGGGAAACGAAAAGAUCAUCUCAGUCAAAGAAGGAAAGGACGUAUGA